UCUAACGAUCCUGAUAAAAUUGCUUCACUUGGAUAUAAUAUUUCCACAAUUAGAGCAGGUUUUCAUUACUGCAACAAAAUGAAACAAAUUGUUUUUGGUGUUUUCAUAUUCCUCUCGGUUUUCGUAUAUGUUUAUACAAUAAAAGUAUGUGAAACUUUCAUCGAAUACGAUGAGCCCAAUAACAAACAUUGUUAUGAUGAUCCUGAUUCGGAGUUGAAUGUAACUCAGAUCGCCAAGAGGAGAAACUACAAUGUUGAAGAACAUUUCGUUACUACAACAGAUGGAUACAUAUUGUUUCUAGCUAGGAUCUAUAAGAAUCAAAAUAAGAACUCUCCGAUUAUUCUUGGACACACGAUGCUUCAGCCUUGUGUCAGUUGGGUGAAUAGACCAGAGAAGUCUCUAGCAUUUUUUCUUGCUGACCAAGGAUUUGAAGUAUGGAUCCCGAGCUUUCGAGCUAGUCAAUACAGUUUGCGCCAUGAAACGUUAACUAUCAAUGAUGACGAUUUCUGGAAAUUCAGUUUUUACGAAUUGGGUGUCUAUGACCUUUCUGCUAUAUCCAAAUUCGUGAAGAAAACAACUGGACGAAAAGCUCUUUAUGUAGGUUACUCUACUGGUAGUACAGCAAGCUAUGUGUAUGCCUCUCAUUCUCCAAGAGAAGCCAAGGAAAAUCUACAAGGAAUCAUAUCUUUCUCACCAGCUGCUUAUGUGAAAGAUAUGAAAUCUCUCUUCAGAUAUUUAUUGCCAUUAGUUCCACUUAUUAGG